GAAGGGGUCCUCCGGGCAGACAGCGGAGGAGGCAGGGAGGAAAGAGGCGAACAGAGGGAGGGGGUGGGUUAUUUCAGAGCUCAGGGCCGAGGAUUAAGCAGAGAGCAGUCCCAGUACGAUGACAGCAUCCAGCAUAUAGCCAAACCCCCCUCACACACAUGCACACACAUACACACACACACACACACACACACAGACACACGCAUCACAUCACCAUCAUCCGGCUCGGGAGGACGCCGCGGAUAUUUCUGAGAAACAAAGAUCUCUCCCCCCUUUUCUCCGCAUCACUGAUCUGAUUUUUGGGGGGGACCACCCUCCCAGACUCCCGGUCCGUCUGUCUCCUCUUCAGACCACGAGGUGGCCGCACCAGAUUGGGAUUGGCCCUGAUGAUCACAAGGACCCCCCCUCCACUUCUUUUCAGCCAAUCCUGGAGGGGCUGCAGAGCUGAUGUCUCAGAGGGCGAGAGGGUAUUUGUGUUCUGGAGUCCUGAAGAGACAAGCCACAUCACGAUAAAUGGAGGAGAAGGAGCGAUGUAGGAGCAGGUCUCCAGCUCGGGGGGCCAGCCGGGUGCAGCAGGUGGUGGGAACAAUAAUACGUCGCACUCGGGAGUCGCUUAGCAGAGAGCGGUUGCUAGGCGAUGGGAGAUCACAGCGCUCCAACAGUCUGUCCAAUCAGAACUUCCAGACCAAGCUGACGCUGCAGAUCACCAGGGACCCAGUCCUGGACAGCAGCACUGGACAUGGCUUCACCCUCACCACAAACGCACCCCUGCUGGUCAGGGAUGUUGCCACAGGGAGUCCUGCAGAUGGGAUACUGUACCCAGGGGACCAGGUGUUGCAGAUUAAUGAUACAGUGCUGGAGGAUUUGAGCGACGAGCAGGUGGAAAACAUCUUAAGGGACUUGGAGGAUUGUAUCACUGUGACUAUCCUGCGGCACAUGACAAAUCCCAAGUCAUCCAUCAUGUCAGCAGAGAAGAGAGCUCGUCUGAGGAGUAAUCCAGUUAAAGUGCGCUUUGCAGAGGAGGUUGUGGUCAACGGGCACACUCAGGGAAACUCUCUUCUCUUCCUGCCCAAUGUUCUGAAGGUCUACUUAGAGAACGGACAGACCAAGGCCUUCAAGUUUGACAACACCACCACUGUCAAGGACAUUGUUCUGACUCUGAAGGAUAAACUGUCCAUCCGGGCCAUUGAGUACUUUGCCCUGGUGCUAGAGCAACAGUACAGCAUCACCAAGCUGCUGCUGCUGCACGAAGACGAGCUCAUACAGAAGGUGGUGCAGAAAAAAGACUCCCAUGACUACAGAUGUCUGUUCAGAGUAUGUUUCAUCCCCAGAGACCCCACAGACCUGCUGCAGGAUGACCCCUCUGCCUUUGAGUACCUCUUUCUACAGAGUGUUGGGGACGUGCUGCAGGAGCGUUUCGCAGUAGAGAUGAAGUGUAACACUGCACUCCGCCUGGCUGCCCUGCACAUGCACGAGAGACUAGAUAGUUGUGGACAAACUAGGGCCUCUAUCAAGAAUAUUACGAAGGAGUUUGGCCUUGAAAGCUUCAUCUCUCCUACACUGCUGGGCAACAUGAGGGAGAAGGACCUGAGGAAAGCCAUCAGUUACCACCUCAAAAAGAUUCAGUCCCUGCUAGAGCCACGCCAGAAGGUAAUAUCUGCUACUCAGGCUCGGCUGGCCUACCUCACUCAGCUGGGAGAGCUUAUUUCAUAUGGGGGACGAUCAUAUUCAGCUACAAUGAUGCUUCAGGACAGGGAAGUAUUAGUCAGCCUGCUGGUGGGAGCCAAGUAUGGGAUGAGUCAGGUCAUCAACCACAAGCUCAACGUGAUUUCUACACUGGUGGAGUUCAGCAGCAUCAGCCGAGUGGAGUUAUUGUCAGAGUCGGACAAAGUCAGCCUACUGCGCAUCUCACUGCACGACAUGAAGCCAUUUGCCUUACUGAUGGACUCUCUGGCAGCCAAAGACUUAGGGUGUUUGCUGGGAGGCUACUACAAACUCCUGGUGGAUCCCAGUGUCAGUGUCUUCCGUCUGGGGCGCCCAAAAGUGAGGGUGCACCGGAUACCUGCUGAAGAAGGUGUGUGUGGGAGGUUCGCCGUAAUAGAGGGCGUGUGCUAUGAAUCCCUAUCAAGUUACGUGUCUCGCUGCUGUAGUGACUCAGAUGACUCAACAGAUGAGGAUGACCCGAUGGAUUCGCAUAAUUACAAACGCCCAGAUCCAGCAAGUCAGGACUGGGAAGAAAGGAGGAGAGAGGAGGAAGAAAAGAGGAGAGAAGAAGAAAGAAAAGAGAGGGAGGAGCAUAAAGGCAAACAGGAAGUGAAGAUAAUAGUGACAACAGAAGGUAGGGAAAAUGAGGGUGAAGAGGAAGAAGGAGCAACAGGAAGUGGUCUACGUAGAUUCGGUACUUUUGAUGAAGAAAUGAACCUGGAAACCACCUGGUACCACACUGACCCACGGGUCACCAGCAGCUUCUCCAGCUUGUCUAGUGGCUCCUUGAGUGCUGCACUGGAGGAGAGCAGUGUUGCAGCCAAAGCGCCAUCUCGUCGCGGACCACGCACAAGCGAGGAUCUACCAAGCUUGGACGUUCACCAUCCCUACCUCCUGGAGCCAAAACGCCACCAAGGGCCCCUGCGACCCACCAACCUCAAUUAUCGUGGCAAUGACAACUCUUGCCUUUGCUUUGCUGAGCUCUCCAAGGCUGAUUUCCUUCCUAGUCCACCUGAAGCUACUAGUGAUGAUGAUGAUGAUGAUGAUGGCGAUGAGGAAGAGCACGGAAUGGAGGAACUCAGACGCAUUUCAAAGAUCCCUAGUUCAAGAGAUUUGAGAAUGAUUGACAGCACGCCCUUUGACAGAUCACCCAUUAAAAGAAAGAAAAAGACCCCACCCAAAGUCCCAUUAAGGACCAGCUCAAUUCCUGGACACAAAGCAGAAAAAGCUGAGCAGCGUCUCUCCAAGGACGAAGAUAGUCUAUUCCUGACACCUUCACCCAACCCCAAACCAGCUCUGUUUGUCAAAGACACUGUCUCAGAGUCUGAGGAUGAGUUUUUUGAUGCUCAGGAGAGAUUUACUCCUCCAGUUCCUGAUCUAUCAGACGCUGAGCUGGCUGACCGGAGGAAUGCUAAUCGGUUGAGUGGAAGCUGGAAUGGUCCUCCAGGUCUCCCAGGGAAAGAGCCAUCACCAUCCUCUCCUCUUGCCAAUAAAGUCCUGGUCUCUAAAAUCAAGAAGGAAGUGGAGACACAUAAAGGCCCCACAAAUCAACUUAGCAACCAAAAGCCCAGCCCACCAAAGCCAUCACAGAAACCUGAAGUCAAGGUCAAACCACCUUUGGCACCGAAGCCCCAGCUGCCUCCCAAACCUCAGAUCAUUCCUCCCAAAUCCCCCCAGCAUGGGAGAUCAUAUGCCCACUGCAAUGGGGAUGCCUCUGGACGUCUGUCUUCUGAACUCCUGGAAAUGGAGCCGGACACCAUGGAGUUCAAGUCUGUCACAUCUGGGGCAGGUGGACUCCCACUCUCGUCACCCUUGAUCACAGCAGUGCGGUGCAGCAAGCAACCAGCACCGAUUACAACACCACAAACAAAGAAGCAAGAAAACAGCCCAAAACGAAAUAAAGAUCUGAAAAAUGAGAAUGGAACAGAUGUUGUUUCCAAUGACAAAGCAUCCAUUUCUGAUGAAAAGGAAACUCCUAAGGUUGAGGGACAAGGUAAUGGGAUCUUUCAAGCAAAAAAGCCAACAAACCUACCCUCUAUCCCUCGCUCUAAUUCUGGUACAAAGCUAGCUAUUCCUCCUCCAGUGCCCCCCAAACCCACUUCUUCCUCCAAAAUUCACCCCUUAUCACUACCUGCUAGCUCUCCUGUUUCCCCAACUGAUCCAAACAAAGGGAUCUUUAAGGAUAGCGUCAGUCCACCAAACGGAAUCCACCCUUGGAGUAACCGCAAUGGCAACGUCCAGUCAGGACCCAGGAGGGUCUCUCUGAGUCAUGAAAGCCUGUCACCUAAAAAUACAGAUGCACCUCUCACUCUUACCACCUCCCUCACUUCAACCAACUCCAAAGGAUGCCUAGAAAGCAGAGAGCCUGGAAGAUCUGGAUCAGGAUCAGACCUGAGGACCAGCUCCUCCAGCCUCGGAGGCAGACUACCUGCUUCUGCCCUGAGAGGGAAGAUCCAGGCUCUACCUUGGUAUAUGACUCGUUCCCAGGAGAUUUUGGGAACUCUGGACUAUCCCUCCACUAGCUCCAUCAAUGGAGAUACAUCUGGAUUCGGCUCUGGUUUGUCUGUCGCCAGUGGUUUAUCAGACUUAAACAAGACCCCUGUCAAGGAAAAAGAGAUGGAGACCUCAAAAUCAGGAGGAAAAGGAAAGAUUUUAGAGGAUGGGGCUGAAGUUGUCAUAGCCACCAUCAAAGAGGCCCAGGAGGUGACCUCACACAUGAAGAAGGCCAAUGGGACAAACGGGUCCCACCCUAAUCUGAAUUUUAAAGAAAAUAGUGCACACUGUGGUAGUGUUUCAUCAGAGCAGCCUCAGUCACGGUCCCAUUCAGCAGUGGGGUUGGGAGGUGUGUCUAACAUGCAAAUUGGAGGUGACUCACCAACUUCCUCACAUGCAGAUACUACUCCUCCACAACAACACCGGGAGGCUUGUGGCUGCCACACCGUUUACGCCAACUGUUUCAGUGGCGACACUGAGGAUGUUGUGAGCUUUGACGAGGAGCUUACUGUUUACGAGUUCUCCCGCCGCACGCGCCCCAAACCAGCCCGGCCCGCAGCUGUCUCUUCUCCAACAACACCCUCUCCAAAUCCCAAUAUUCUGUCACUGCUUCGGGACAACCCUCGUCCCCUCUCUACUUUCUCCACUGCCUCUUCUGAACUCAGUCCCCUAGUUUCUCGUCCAGUUUCCCCCACAACCACACUUGGCUGUCCUCUUCGUUCACUAACCAACAAGAACUAUGGUGGACUGAAAGGAGGUUUUGCCACUCUACGUCAAGAUAUAGACCAACUUUUGCUGGUCUUAGAGAGGGGAGCAUUUGAACAACCUCAGCAAACAUCUUGUAUAGAGCAGGAUCUCACAGACCUAAAAAUGGGGCCAGACCUAAAUCACAAUGGAAAUGAAGGCAGUAUUACCACUGCACCCGACCCAAAUUGUACUGGGACAAGCACUGCUGCCAUGACGGAGGCUGAAAGGACUCUUCUCCAGGCGGAGGCUCGACGAUUGGCAUCUGGGUGUCAGCGAGCCACACGUGUAGGCUGGGCUCCUGAUGAAGCCCUACGUUCUUUAUCUAACAGCUUCAGUGCCCUUGUUCAGUUGUCAGCAGCUUGCCUGCGAACAAACCCCUGCCCUGGUUGUGACAUGUGCAAUAAUGCAAGUCUGGUCCACAGGGAUGACGACGAUGACAGCCAGGAACCCAUGGACAAGCUGAAGGAGAUAGUGGGCCUGUACCGGGAGUUUGUUGGGGAUGUUGAGACAGCUGGAACUGGAGCUGGGGUUGGGGGAAGGAGUGUGAGCCUCAUGGGGUCCGUACAGGGUCAAGGGGAGAGUGAUGGGGUGAGGCUACUAGCCAAGCGAUGCACUGUACUCAUCUCUUCUGUAUUCGCACUCACACAGCUCUUCCGGACACGCACACUAGACACUUCGGACACGCCUGGGCACGUACCUCUCAACUUUUGACCUGUGAACUUUUACCCACUAAUAACCCACUGACUCUAGAGGUGAGACAAGAGGAAACAGCACAGAGUGAUCUGGUGUGUAACUCCUGUGUUCUUGUACAGUAAGUGCCAUGCACACCACAGCACACAGACUUUAACCCACAUUAUACAUACCCACAUGGAAAACAUAUACACCAAACAAAACCCUAAACGAAGAGAGGAAACUUCAUUGCUUGGCCUCUUCCUGGACGCAUAUGGACUAUGCAUUUGUACAUAUGAAUUUUAUAAUUAUCUGAUAAUUCUCUUAUUUUAUGAUACAAUAUGUGUAUGUAUGUAAGGAUGGAUUACCCAUGUAUGUAUUUAUGUAUUUAUUUUUACAAUAUUUGCACCAUGGUCUGUGAUGUGCAGGUCUCUGGUGUAAAAAAAAAAAAAAAACCUAUGGAUGUCACUGGAUUUUUUUUAAUUUUUCCUUCUCUUUGAGACAGUAUUAUGUUAUCUUUUGCUGCUUUAAAGAUCCACUCCACAAGGUGUAAUCUGUAAAUUGUCAUUUUUCAAGUUUAGUAUGACAGAACGUUUUACUGACAAAAUACAGAAAAUAUACUUUAUCACUCUUGCGAAAUACAGUUGUUAACUGAUUUGUUUUAUAUGUGCAGGGAUCGCACCUUUUUAAGGAUUUAGUUUUUCAACAUUACAGUCACAAAUAAAUGGGAUACAAAACUAUACCAUUACAAAGCAGGGAGAGCACUUUUGACUGUUACAGAUUGCACCUUUUUAUGAGACACAUACCCUUGUGUAAAGUGUUUUUUCUACCCCUUCCCUGAUCCUGACUGCCUCUGAGUGAAUGCUUCUUGGAAAUGCUCCCCCAUUACUCCCAAACGUAUGCAGUAUUAUAACAUUAAUCUAGUUUUCAUCCAAAGGACAUGACAUAUAUAUUUUCUUGGAAUGUGUGGAUGAGGCCCAGGGAGCAAAACAGGGGACCUUAUUUAUGUAGUGAAAAAAAACAAAAAAAAACGUUUUUGACUCGGCACAAGGGUGACUGUUAAACUAUGUCCAGAUGUAGCAAAGAUCCAAAGUCUUAAAACACUGAGCCACAACUGUUCCCCACUACGGUUUCCUCUUUGGGCACGCCACCUUAUUAACAUACUGACUGACAGAUGGACUGACUGCUGUACGCUGGGGUCAGACGUGUAGAUAUACAUUUAUAUCUUUGUGUCCUAUUCUGUUUUACCUUAGUUUAUGGCUAUGCAAACAUAAACUCCCCACCCCCUCCACAUACUGUAUUCUUGUUGUUUUGUGCUAACAUUAAAAACAACAAUAGCUGCAUUAUGUUUGUCUGAAUAUAAUGGGUGCUUUCUUUGUUUGGAAUGUUGGCCUUUGUCUUGUUUCAAGAAAACUUACUGCAUUAUGGAUUGCAACAUUCUGCAAAGUUGCAUGGCAUUAGCAUUUUUGUCAAUAUAAAGACUCCUGUCUAUACUGAUGUCUGUGAAUUGUCCGUAAAAGGAUUACAUUGCUUGAUCAGUUUGCUGAUGUACAGUGUUCACUAAUCAGCUCGUCCAUAUCACAUGAUGCCAACUCAUUUAAUGAGCCAUCCAAUUUGGAGGAUAUACUUGAGCCACCUACGACAACAAAAA